GCGCUUCAUCUUUCUUGGAUUGGAAAUCGGAAACUCUACUUUCUUGUUGAAGAUGCUGAAUCAGAAAGAAGACUUUUUUUAAUUGUGUUUGUCUAUAGCUGUGGAAGGUUUUUAGUAUUUACUAUUGGAAAUAUUCCUCUCUUUCUCUCUACCCACCCUAUUCCCCUCUCUCUCUACCUACCUCAAUGGCAAGAGAAUUGACGUUCACUGCUGUAGGAUUCACUGUCCUCAUUGCUCUUGUAUUAGUCCAUCCAACUUGCUGUGCUACUAGUACCUGCCCCGCUUCUUCUUGUGGGAAUAUCAACAUAAGCUUUCCUUUUGGAUUGGAGAGCGACCCAUUUUAUCAAAGCUGUGGGUACCCAUUUUAUGUACUUUCGUGUGAGAACAAUCGUACGGUUCUAUAUAAAUUUGGAGGAAAAUACUACGUAGAGGAAAUCAGUUACAACAACUUCACAAUCCGGAUCGUGGACUCAGGUAUACAGAAGAACAGUUACUUCUCCACUCCCAAUUAUUCAUUAUAUCGAUACAAUUUUAGUUCGAUAAAUUUAUUUAAUGGAUAUACCACGUAUCAGCCAAAGGGGACGGUGCCGGAGCGGUAUCCCGAACUAUCACGGAGUUUGGUUUGGAUGAGCUGUGAAAAACCAGUGAAUUCUCCAUUGUAUUUGGACACUUCUACUUGCAAUUAUAAUGACAACUCUUCUUCUAUAUCUGAUUCCAAGACGAGGUAUAGAUAUGUUAAAGCCGGUAGAACGACCGCAUCCGAAGUGGAGGACUCGUGCCAAGUAGAGAAGAUGUCUCUGACUUCGUGGCCAACAAAUAAUGAUGACCCAAAUAUCUCCUGUACAGACGUCCACCAUGAAUUGGCAUAUGGUUUUGAGCUUUCAUGGCUCAAUGGUGAAGGUAAUUGUGAAAAUUAUUGCCCAAUAUACGGCAGCAAAUGUUACCUCAAUGACAUGAACCAUCUUCAAUGCUACGACGACAGUACUGGAGUGCUUGACCAGAUCCUAGAAAUACUCAGAGUUUUGGGAUAUAUAUUUGUUGAAAGUGCACACUGGUGGGACGCAAUAUCAUAUUAUACAUCCGCUGCUUGGGCCAUACUGCUGGAAAUCGUAAUAUUUCUCCUUGAAACAAGGACUGUCUUGGGGAUUCUAUUCAUGGUGGCGUUUUUGAUAUAUAAGUGGCGGAAGAGACAUUUAUCAAUGUAUGAUGCUAUUGAAGAAUUUCUGCAAAGCCAAAUUAAUCUCAUGCCAAUUAGGUACUCUUACUCAGAAAUUAGGAAGAUGUCCAAAGGUUUCAAGGACAAAUUGGGUGAAGGAGGCUAUGGCUCUGUAUAUAGAGGAAAGCUAGAAAGUGGCCCUCAUGUUGCUAUAAAGAUGUUGGGUAUCUCCAAAGCUAAUGGGCAAGAAUUUAUCAACGAAGUUGCAACAAUUGGAAGAAUUCACCACGUGAAUGUGGUGCAACUCAUUGGCUUCUGUGCUGAGGGGCCAAAGCGCGCCCUUAUAUAUGAAUUCAUGCCUAAUAGUUCUCUUGAAAAAUACAUUUUUUCUCAAGAAGAAAGUAUCCUCUUAAGUAUUGAGAAAAUGUUUGAGAUUUCACUUGGAGUGGCUCGUGGGAUUGAAUAUCUACAUCAAGGAUGUGACAUGCAAAUUCUGCAUUUUGAUAUCAAACCUCAUAACAUUCUUCUUGAUGAGAACUUCAUUCCCAAAGUUUCUGAUUUUGGGCUUGCAAAACUUUAUCCAACAAAUGAUAGCAUAGUGUCUUUGACUGCUGCAAGGGGAACACUAGGAUAUAUAGCUCCAGAGUUGUUCUAUAAAAACAUUGGAGGGGUCUCCUAUAAAGCUGAUGUUUAUAGUUUUGGCAUGUUGUUGUUGGAAAUGGCUAGCAGAAGAAAGAACGUGAAUGCAUUUGCAGACCGUUCAAGCCAAAUUUACUUCCCAACUUGGGUUUAUGGCCAAUUUAGUGAAGGAAAUGACAUAGAAAUAGAAGAUGUCACAGAGGAGGAGAAGAAAAUUGUUAAGAAGAUGAUCAUAGUCGCAUUAUGGUGCAUACAGAUGAAGCCUAGUGACCGUCCUUCAAUGAACAAAGUUGUAGAAAUGCUUGAAGGAGAAGUUGAAUGCUUACAAAUGCCUUCCAAGCCUUUCCUAUCAUCAUCACCAGCGAGACCAACAGGGGAUGUAGGAGACAACUUAAAUUCAACUAGUUCAUCAUUUCAAUCAGGUGAAUCAAGUCAAUCUGCUAAACUUUAAAUGCACGGAAAAGCUAACACCACCGCAAAAAUAGGGGAAUUAGUCUUCACAUAUUUGAUAGCAUAAAGACACUUCAUAUUUUUGUGUGACAAAUAAUUGGUCCCUUGAUUUAUGAUAGCUAUCCUUA